GCUGAAGCCGGAAGUGUUUUCAUCCGCAGCUACAGUGAGAGCGCGAUGGUCUGGACGCGUCCGGAAGGGAAGAUGUCGAGCAGCAGCGCCGUGUUUGAGAGCAGACUGAAGUGCGUGCUGGAGGCCGCGGUGUCGGAGAUCCUGCAGCUGCAUGAGGACGCGCUGAUGCUGAUGCGGCUGCAGAUCCGCCAGAGAGACGCGCAGCUCGACGCGAUGAAGAGCAGAGUCACGGCGCUCGAGAGCGGCUUACAGAGCGUCACCGCUGCCAGCAGCACGGGGCGUCUCGUUCAGAAACCUGCUUCUCAUCUUCAUCACGAUAGGAAUCUAGACUCCAACCAGACAAACACCGAUCCAGAGCAUCAUUCCUGUGGAGAAACACACACACAGAUCAUCUGCGUAGACAGAGAGGACGCGCAGCUCGCCGGAGACCUUGACGCUCCUCACAGCGAGGAAGACUUCGGUGGACUGCUGGAGGUGGAGAUGAAGCAGAGCUUUCCGUCUGAAAUCAUAGAUCCGCGGAUGCCUGCAGACGCAUGCGCAUUCGCAUCUGCAGAAAGCGGCUCGUCCGUCACAGCUAGACAAACCUUAAACAACCUCAACUUUGAGUCCGUAAACCAGAACUCAUGCACCGACAGAAGAACUGAACCAGAUUUCAUCCGAACGCUUCCAGAUGAGAAUCUGAACCGCAGCUGCGCAGACAGACACGCGUUCGCCGCGAGAGAAGCAGCAGCGGCGGCGGCGCACCGGAGUGAAACGGUGCAUGAGAAGUGGUUCAUCUGUUCGUUCUGCGGGAAGAGUUUCGAUCGCUUCAGUCACCUGCAGAUGCACCAGCGCAUUCACACCGGAGAGAAACCCUACCGCUGCACAACCUGCGGAAAAAACUUCUCACAGCAGAGCAACCUGCGCACGCACCAGAAAACCCACUGCAAGACGCGCACGCACACGUGAAAACCAGGGAUGCACCGAUAUAUCGGCAUCGCAGAUCGGCCGUGUUUUUAAAAACGGCCGAUGAUUUUCAGGUCGAUUAUUUCCAGUCAGAACUCUGCGGCGGAAAAGUGUGUCAGACAGCAACUUGCGUUAUGAAAACGUUUCUUGUGUUGAAUUUAGGCCUGUACAGAUUAAAGCAGCGCCAGAUUUUUCCCUUCACAAAACAUUAUUUGUAACAUGCCUCCAAUGCUCACAAAGAGAUUUGUGCUUUGUUACUUCUAAUAAGAAAGUCUCAGCUUUUAAAUCCUGUGCAUUUUAUCACAAAAUCCAAACGUUAAAUGUCGUUUUGACGCUCUUAAAUGUGGCGUGACAGAUCAGAGUGCGAUCUUCUGCUUUAUUACAAGUUACUGCACAAAAUAAACAUGAAUGAACAUCAAAAGGUAUGUUGAAAAAUACAGUAUAACUUACCGAAUUAUGUCUCGUAUAAUUGCUCAAUCAGAGUUUCAACCCGAAAGAAAGAUGUCAAAUAAAAGUUUGUGAACAAUGUCACAAUGUUGCAUUUACCUCAGGUAAGUUAUUCACUGUUCACGUUUCAUUAGUUAGCUAUAAAACACUAGAAGGAGCUUAAUUACCGUUGAAUGUUUGAAUAAAUCUGUUUAUGAGAACUACCUUUUGUGCAAUUGAGUUACAAACGUUUUGAGUGCGAUUAUUAUACCUGAAAACGAACAGGAUUGAAUAUAAUAGUGUUGCUGUUCACUUUAACCUCAUUGGUCGGGAGAUUUAUUUAUUUUUUGUUAAGAAAUUGACCCAAACUAUCGGUAUCGGCAGAUUCUGAGUGAAAACAUACGGACACGCCACUGAAGAGCCUUUCAUCGACUGCUUCUGUGUUUUCAUUCACAUUAACAUUUAUUAAAUCUAUUCACAGAUCAAUCAUCUUCCUUUCUUUUAAUAAACACUUAGAGAAAACAUUUAUCUAGGUCAGGUCUGGACGUUAGCACUAGUUAGUGGAGUAAAGAACACCUACAGCACAUUUACACAAACUCAAGAGUAGUAACAAAAAUUUACAGUAACAAAAAAUACAGUGUUGGAGUUUUUGUACAGUAAAUAACGUCACUGGACAAACCGAUUGUGUUCAGUACUCCUGGGUAGAUUGUAGAGAAGUAACCUGUUAAUCUGGUUAACUCUUUAUAUUAAUUUAUCUUAUUUUCUGGCAAAGUGAUAAAACUAAUUGUGUAUUAGCCACACUGGAGAUCCAUAUUAUCAUAUGUCUUUACAGUAGCAACAAUAACUGCAGUGACUGGUGGAAAUAUAGAAUAGAAAUAUUUUACAUAGCAUUUAUAUAUAAACAUUUUUAUACCAUGUACUCUAUCGGUCAA